CUCCUCCCACCGCUCAGGAGUCACUCCGCCCCGCUGCUCUCGGGUGUGUGACGUGAGCGAAGCCCCCCUCAUCUUUCGACGUGGAUGGUACCGGUUCUGCUCUGGCGGUUCUGUUCGUGUGGGACUAUGACGCUUCGGUAUCGGCAGAGCGAACCGCGCGUGGUCACGUGAGCGCGGCUCAGCGGCGUGAACAUGAAGCUGCUGCUCUGGAGCCUGGUCGUGUGGUUGCGGGCUCCGGCGGGGAUCUGCGGCGGCGGCGGCGUGGUCUUCACCAAGCACCCGACCAAUCAGACGGUGUCUCAGGGGAAGGAGGUGCGGCUGGGAUGCGCCGUGAAGGGUGUGAGCGAGCCGGACAUCACCUGGAUGAAGGACGGAGAGAAGCUGUACAGCACCGACCAGGUCUUCCUCACCCUGGGGGAGCAGCACUGGGAGACGUCCCACAGCGUGAAGUCGGUCCAGCAGCAGGACGCGGGUCAGUACUGGUGUGAGGUGGAGUUCCACGGUCUGACCUUCUCCUCCAAAGCGGCCUGGAUCACAGUGGAAGGAGUCCCUCACUUCAUCCAGGAGCCUCAGGAUGUGGCCACGUUCCCCAACACCCCCUUCAACCUGUCCUGUGCCGCCGUUGGCCCCCCCGAGCCCGUGGAGGUGCAGUGGUCGCUGGGAGGAGUCCGUGAGGAGGAAUCCAGACGGUCCCCGGCUGUCCUCCACGUUCCUGGUGUGAACACCAGCAUGAAGUUCUACUGCGAAGCAAAAAACGCUCGAGGGAUUUCUGUCUCCAGAACCGGAACGGCCUACAUCAAAGUGUUGCCAGCAGCGCCGGUUGACCUGCAGGUCAUCUGGAUGACGGACAGCAACGUGAGGUUGUCAUGGACACCAGGAUUCUCGGGUCACUCCGAGUUGUCCACCUGCGUCGUCCAGGUGCAGAGGAGCACGGGCCGCAGGGGGGACCUCCCCCAGCAGGAGGAGGUGCAGGUUCCUCCUCACCUUCACAGGCUCCCCGCUCUGCGGAGCCACUCCAACUACAGCGCCCGCGUGUCCUGUGUGAACGAGGUGGGGGCGUCGCCGUUCUCCCCGUGGCUGCACUUCAGCACACCUGAGUCAGUGCCGUCGGCGCCGCCCCGGAACCUGACCUUUGAUCUGUUGGAGCGUCACCUGAGUCUGCGGUGGGCGGAGCUACAUGAAGAGGAGCUUCAGGGCAAGUUGCAGGCCUACAAGCUGCAGUGGAUUCUGGGAGGAGAGCUUCAGGAGCCGCUGCUGUUCAAGCAGAACUAUGCUGAACUCUCUGGGGCGGGGCGCUUUUUUAACGCCUCCUUCCAGGUGUCGGCGUGCACCUCGGCGGGCUGUGGACCUUGGAGCACCCCGGUGCUGGUUCUGCCCGCCUCAGUGCAAGUCCAGGCGCAGCGCAGCCACAUUUGGGUCGGCCUUCUGCUCGGCCUGCUGGUGGCCGUCGUGGCCGGCCUGCUACUAACUACUGUUGCUCGGCGCCGAGGAAAAGAGACGCAGUUUGGGUCGGCCUUCAAAGAUCCGGGUCCUGAGAGUUCGGUCUGCUUCACGGCGGCCCGAUCGUUCAACAGGAACGUCGCCGAUUCGCAGGAGUCCACCCUGGACAGUCUGUGCAUCAACAGCGAGCUGAAGAACAAACUUCAGGAUGUUUUGAUUCCAGAGAACCUGCUGACUCUGGGCCACAUGCUGGGCAAAGGUGAGUUCGGCUCUGUGCGUGAAGCCGUCCUGAAAAACCAAGACUCCACUGUCCAGAAGGUGGCGGUUAAAGUACUAAAAACUGACAUCACCUCAUCAAGUGACAUUGAGCAGUGUCUGAAGGAGGCGGCCCACAUGAAGGACUUCCACCAUCCCAACGUCAUCCAGCUCAUUGGAGUGAGUCUGCACCGGCGCACCGGCCAGCGGCUGCCCAUACCCAUGGUGGUUCUUCCGUUCAUGAAGCACGGAGAUCUGCACACUUUCCUGCUGCUGUCUCGUCUGGGAGACCAGCCCUUUGACCUUCCCCAGCAGACUUUAGUCCAGUUCAUGCUGGACAUCGCCAAAGGGAUGGAGUACCUCAGCAGCAAGAACAUCAUCCAUAGAGACCUUGCUGCCCGCAACUGCAUGUUGCAUGAGAACAUGGUGGUGUGCGUCGCAGACUUUGGACUCUCCAAGAAGAUCUACAGUGGCGAUUACUACAGACAGGGCUCCGUGUCCAAGCUGCCUGUCAAGUGGAUCGCUUGGAGAGUCUGGCUGACAACGUCUACACAACACAGAGUGACGUGUGGGCGUUCGGUGUGACCAUUUGGGAGAUCAUGACUCGCGGUCAAACUCCAUAUCCUGGAGUAGAAAACUCUGAGAUCUACGAGUUCCUGAUCAAAGGGGAGCGACUGAAGAGACCUUCAGACUGCAGAGAUGACAUAUAUGAGAUCAUGCACAGCUGCUGGAGUCCCGUCCCCAAGUGCCGCCCCAGUUUCCAACAGUUGGUCAGCCAGCUGGAGGCGCUGCACCUCAAUCUUUCC